ACUACGGAAAGGCACCCACCCCACUUCCUACCGCAUGGUGCGCGUCAUCUAAAUAUUAUUCAACCAUUGACGCCUGGUUGAAAUCUUGGGCAACGCUAUCGAUUCGGCGCCUCUCUAUCCACGUCUGCCACUCGACAGGAGCUUGAAGAGCUAUCUGCAUCGAUAUCACCGUUGCAAAUAUUCGGCAGUCUCGCACCGUUUAUUUUCUCGUGCCUUUCUUCUUCUCGUUUUCUCUGCCUAGCAUUCUUUCUCUGACCAUCUGCCAUUUUCAACUGGACGACGAGUCUGGCAUCACCUCAUCAUGGCGGGUAUAUUUCGAACGAUCUAUGAUUGGCUGUUACGCCUGUUUUGGGCAACCGAGAUGGACGUCACGAUGAUUGGCCUUCAGAAUGCCGGAAAGUCGUCGUUACUCCGUGUGUUGGCGGGCGGAGAAUUCACAGUCGAUUCCAUACCAACGAUUGGUUUCAACACCAAAAAGGUCCAGAAGGGCCAUGUGACAUUGAAAUGCUGGGACUUGGGGGGUCAACCACGCUUCCGACCGAUGUGGGAGCGAUAUUGCCGUGGGGUAAACGCCAUCAUGUAUAUUGUCGACGCGGCAGAUCAGCCAGCCUUGCCAGUUGCGACAGAAGAGCUGCAUGACUUAUUGGACAAACCUAGCCUGGAGGGCAUCCCACUGUUGGUGCUCGGCAACAAGUCGGAUCUGCCCCACAAAUUGUCGGUCGAUGAGCUGAUCGAGAGGAUGGAUCUAAAAUCCAUCACUCGCCGGGAGGUGAGUUGCUAUGGGAUCAGUGCUAAGGAAGAGACCAAUCUCGAUGCUGUUUUGCAUUGGUUGAUCGCCCGCGCAAGUAGGUAACGGAGGCUACUUCGGUUGGUAUUUGUUACACAUGCCGGUGUCGUUCGGUAUCAUUUUCUUUCCUUCUUUUCAUUUGCAGGUGCUUCAGCGAUGUAAUGAGUUGACGAUCUCCAUUCAAGACGCAUGCAGCUGCGACUGCCCGCCAGCGAUGGCGGAUGUUUAUUUGUUCGGUUUAAUUGU